AUGAAGAUUGGAAGAUUCAAAUGGGAGUCACCCCGGGAAAGUGGCGUUGCAGAAGAGGCUUCACAAUCACGUGGCUUUUCACAAGAAGAUGAUCCAACCUAUGCUAACCCCUCCUCUGCAACUAUCUCCCUCUAUUCUCUUCUCUUGCUUCUGUCUCACUCUUUUCCUUCUAUGUCUCAAGCCAAUUGUCUGGCUGAUCAAGUCAAUUUUGUAGUGGGGUCCCAUGUUUGGGUAGAGGACCCUGAGUUAGCUUGGAUAGAUGGAGAAAUUCAGGAAUCUAACAAAGACGAGGUCACGAUCCUUUUUGAAUCGGACACGAGGGUUUUGAGAAAAUCCGCUAACAUGUAUCCCAAAGAUCCAGAAUUCCCACUUGCUGGUGUGGAAGAUAUGACAAGACUGGCAUAUCUGCAUGAACCAGGACUUCUUCAGAAUUUGCAAAUUCGAUAUUCCAUAAAUGAGAUUUAUACAUACACGGGAAGUAUAUUGAUAGCUGUAAACCCUUUUCAAAAGUUACCUCAUUUGACUGGAACUAGUACCAUGGAAAAGUAUAAAUGUGCGGCCUUUGGUGAGCAGAGCCCGCACCCUUUUGCUAUUGCAAGUUCUGCAUAUAGAAAGAUGAUAAACGAAAAAAGAAACCAAUCUAUUUUGGUUAGUGGAGAAAGUGGAGCUGGAAAAACUGAAAGUACAAAGAUGCUUAUGCAGUAUCUUGCUUUUAUUGGAGGGAGAGCAGAAACUGAAGGACGGUCUGUGGAGCAACAAGUUCUCGAGUCCAAUCCAGUUUUAGAAGCAUUUGGCAACGCAAAGACAGUUAGGAAUAAUAAUUCUAGUCGUUUUGGUAAGUUUGUGGAGAUUCAGUUUGAUCAAAAGGGGAGAAUUUCAGGAGCUGCUAUCAGAACAUAUUUGCUGGAACGAUCCCGUGUUUGUCAAGUUUCUGAUCCUGAGAGAAACUAUCAUUGCUUUUAUAUGCUGUGUGCUGCACCAAAAGAGGAAUCUGGUAAGUACAAACUGGGAGAUCCAAGAAAAUUCCAUUACCUUAAUCAAUCAAAUAGCAUUGAACUGGAUGGGUUGGAUGAUUCUAAGGAGUACUUUGCAACUAAGAGAGCUAUGGAGAUUGUUGGGAUCAGCUCUGAGGAGCAGGAUGCUAUAUUUCGAGUAGUAGCUGCAAUACUUCAUUUAGGAAACAUUGAUUUUGUUAAGGGAGUGGAAGAGGUGUUUGAUUCCUGUCAGCCCAAGGAUGAAAAAUCCUAUUUCCACCUAAAAACCGCAGCUGAGCUUUUGAUGUGUGAUGAGAAGUCCCUUGAAGAGUCUUUCUGCAAAAGUAUUAUAAUGACUCGUGGUGACACCAUAACAAAAUCACUUGAUCCAAAUUCUGCAGCUCUCAGAAGAGAUUCAUUAGCUAAAAUAAUUUAUUCAAGGCUUUUUGACUGGAUUAUGUGCAAGAUAAACGACACUAUUGGGCAAGAUCCAAAAUCAAACAGUUUGAUUGGAGUUCUAGAUAUAUAUGGAUUUGAGAGUUUCAAAACCAACAGCUUUGAGCAAUUCUGUAUCAAUUUGGCAAAUGAGAAAUUACAGCAACAUUUCAACCAGCAUAUCUUCAAAAUGGAGCAAGAGGAAUAUAAAAGGGAAGAGAUUGAUUGGAGUUAUAUUGAGUUCGUGGAUAAUCAAGAUGUUAUUGAUCUCAUAGAGAAGAAACCAGUUGGCAUUAUUUCUCUCCUGGAUGAGGCCUGUAUGUUUCCAAGAUCAACGCACGAAACAUUUGCUGAAAAGCUGUAUCAAACCUUCAAAGGCAACAAACGCUUCAACAAGCCAAAGUUCUCUCGCACUGACUUCACCAUUAAGCAUUAUGCUGGUGAUGUUACUUAUCAAACUAAUCUUUUCCUCGAUAAAAAUAAAGACUACGCUAUUCCAGAGCAUGCUGACAUACUCAAAGCCUCCAAGUGCUCCUUUGUUUCAGGGUUGUUCCCUCCUUUACCUGAGGAUGCUACAAAAUCGAAAAAGUUCUCUUCAGUUGCCACUCAGUUUAAGCUACAACUGCAAUCUUUGCUUGAAACACUAAAUGCUACCGAGCCACACUACAUUCGUUGUGUAAAGCCAAAUCAUCUUCUGAAGCCAGGGAUAUUCGGGAACAAAAUUGUGUUGCAGCAGCUUCGAUGUGGAGGAGUAAUGGAGGCAAUUCGGAUAAGUUGUGCUGGAUAUCCCACUAGAAAGAAAUUUGAUGAAUUUGUUCAGAGGUUUAGCAUCCUGGAACCUGAGGUUAUGAAAGAAUGCCCUAAUAGGAAGACUGCUUGCAAGAGGAUUCUAGAUAGAGUGAAUCUUAAAGAUUAUCAGAUUGGAAAGACAAAAGUGUUUCUGAGAGCAAGUCAAAUAGCAGAACUAGAUGCAUGUCGUGCAGAGGUCCUGGGAAGAUCUGCAAGUGUCAUUCAGAGGAAAGUCCGCACUUUUCUCUGUCAGAAACAGUUCAUCUCAUUGCUGUUGUCUACCAUAGAACUUCAAAGGGUUGUGAAAGGACAACUCGCACGAAAUCAGUAUGAAUGCAUGAGGAGAGAAGCAGCUUCUUUGAAAAUUCAGAAAGAUUUCCUAAUGCAUGUUUCCAGAAAAGCUUACAAAAGAAUUUAUGCCUCAGCUAUUUAUAUUCAAAUUGGUUUGAGAGGGAUGGUUGCUAGAAAUGACCUUAGAUUCAGAAAACGAUCACAAGCUGCAGCUGUUAUACAGGGUCUAUAUAGAGGUUAUACUGCUCGUACUUAUUUCCAGAGGUUAAAGAAAGCAACAAUUUUCGUAGUGUGUUCCAGAAAGAGAACAAUGGCUCGGAGAGAACUUCGAAAGCUUAAAAUGGCUGCCAAAGAAACAAAGGCACUUGAAGCUGCAAAAAAUAAUCUGGCAAAGAAAGUCAAAGAUUUAAUUUCGUUUCUAGAGGAAGAGAAGACAAUGAGGGUUGAUAUUGAGGAAGCUACGACACAAGAAAAUGAAAAACUACAACGUGCUUUGCAAGAGAAGGAGGUACAGUUGGAAGCCAAGACACAAGAAAUUGAAAAACUAAAACAUGUUUUGCGAAAGAAGGAGGUUCAGUUCCAAGAAAUCAAGGAAGCCAAGAAACAGGAAACUGAAAAACUGCGGCUUGAUUUGCAAGAGAUGGAGUUUCAGUUCCAAGAAACUAAGGCAGUGCUCGCUGAGGAACUAGAGACUGCCAUGAAAGUAGUUGAACAACCUCAAACUGUGCAGGAACUGGUGAAUUCAUUCGAAAAGAAAAUUGAAAGGGAGUUACCUACAAAUGUUACUAAUGAUGAGUUGAAUAACCUUACUUUAGAAAAUAAACAUAUUAAGGAACGCAUUAAAUUGUUGGAAAAGAAAAGUACUUUACAAGAGUUUCCUGUUAAUCUUACGAACGAUGAGUUUAUCUAUAAGCUUAUUUCAGAAAAUGAACAUCUUAAGGAACAAAUUAGUUCAUUGGAAAAGAAAAUUACACCGGAUUUUCUUGUCAAUGCUGCUGACGCAAUCAAUAAAUUUGCAUCGGAAAAUGAACAUUUCAAGGUAUAA